AUGGCGUUGGUGGUCACCGAGCCGGCCAUUCUCGUCGCCCAGGCGAUGAUCUUUACCACCGUCGCCGUCCACGUCUUGCAUGGCGACAACGGCGGCCUUCCCACAGCCGCUGCUGCCAAGGAGACCCUGGGACAUGUGGCCGGCGUGCUGCAGGCCUCGUUCUCGGGCAACGAUCAGGAGCGCAAGGCGGCUGAGGCCGCGUUUGCUGAUCUCAAGACUGCGGCCGGCUUUGCGCCCGUCCUCCUCAAGCUCGUCGAGGGCGCCGAGGGCGCCAUCGGCAUGUCGGCGGCACUGCAGCUCAAGAACUACGUGAUGCGGCACUGGAAGAACGGUGUGGGGAGCGGCGGGCUUGAUGACGACGACAUUGUGAUUGACGAGGCCGACAAGGCUGUUGUCCGCGAGGCGCUGCUCGGCGUGCUUGUGGCGCAGCCGACGGCGGUGCAGGACGCGUUGCAGGACGUGGUCUACGCCAUUGCGCUCGUCGACUACCACGAGCGGUGGGACUCGCUCAUGCCCGAGCUUGUGGCGCGGCUGCAGCAUGAGAUGGGCGCCGGCGACUUUGACAACAUCAACUCGUUGCUCGGCGUGGUGGCGCGGGUCUUCAAGAAGUACGAGGGCCAGUUUGCGUCGGACGCGCUCAUGCUCGAGCUGCUGUACUCGCUUAAGCAGUUCCAGGAGCCGCUGCUGUCGAUGUUCUCGGCAGCGAGCGAGGCUGCGGUCGGGUCGAGCGACAACCCUGGGUUCCAGGCGCAGCUCUUUCACGCCAUGUCGACCAUGGCCGGCAUCUUUUACUCGCUCUCGGUCCACGACCUGCCCGAGUACAUGGAGGACCACCUUGAGCCGUGGAUGCAGCUCUAUUCGCAGUGGCUUUCGUACGAAGUGGAGAACCCGCCGAGCGCGCUCACCGAGCUCCACGCCCAGAUCAUCUCCAUCUGCGCGCUCUACACCGAGAUUGCAUCCGAAGAGUUCAACGACGACUACCUGCCGACCUUUGUCGAGCUCAUUUGGAAGCGGCUGAUGCGGACGAGCCAGGACCCGUCCGAGGACGAGCUCUUUGCGCGCGGCGUGCAGUUCCUGACCUCGCUGGCGUCGCGGGCCACCCACGGCGCGCUGUUCCAGGACCCGGAGGCACUGCAGGCCAUUUGCGAGCAGGUCAUCCUCCCCAACGUCCGCUUCACGGCUGCCGACAUGCAGACCUUUGAGCUCGACCCAGUCCAGUACAUUGCGCAGAUUCUCAAGGGCGGCGACGUCGACACCCGCCGGCAUGCGGCUUCGCAGCUCAUUGCCGGCCUCUGCGACCAGUACCGCGAGCCGGUGACCCAGAUCUUCUCCACGUACGUCGGUCAGCUGCUUGAGAGCUACACCGCCGACCCGAGCCCAUCGGGCGAGGGCUGGAUUGCCAAGGACGCCGCCAUGUUCCUGGUCUCCAAGAUGACUGUCGUCCGGUCGUCGACCAAGCUCGGUACGACCGAGGUCUCUGAGUUUGUCAACAUCGGCGAGUUUUUCUCGGACCACGUUGUGCCCGAGCUUGUCGACGGCGACGUCAACAGCAAGCCAGUGCUCAAGACGGACGCGCUGCUCUUCUGCGCCACUUUCCGCAACCAGCUCCCACCCGAUGCGCUGCAUGCGAUUGUCGCGCCCGCCACUGCCCUCCUCACCUCGGAGUCGUUUGUGGUCCGGACGGUGGCCGCGCACGCGCUCUCGACCAUUCUCGUGGCUUCCGUGACGAACGAGAGCGGCGAGCGGCUCCGCGUCUUUGGCCCGGACGUGGUGACCGGCGACGUGCUUGAGAAGCUCCUUGUCAACCUGUUUGGCGCCAUGGACGCAGGCAGCGACCGGAGCGAGCGCGAGAACGCGUUUGUCAUGAAGGCCAUCAUGCGUGUGGCGUCGUGCGCUGGCGCUGGCAUUGUGCCGUACGUCGGAACGUGCGUCGACCGGCUGACGGGCCGCAUCGGCGAGGCGUGCGCCAACCCGGGCGAUCCGUCGUACAACCACUACAUGUUUGAAGCGCUUGCCGCCAUCAUCAAGGCGGUGUGCUCGUCCGAGUCGACGGCGGUCGCUGCGUUUGAGGACAUGCUCUUCGAGCCAUUCACGGCCGUCCUCCAGGCCGGCAUCGAGGAGUUUUCGCCGUAUGUCUUCCAGAUCCUUGCGUCGAUGCUCGAGAUCCGGACGGCGGCCGGCGGCGCUGCUGCCGACGUGCCCGAGGGCUACACCUCGCUCAUCCAGCCGCUGAUGACACCUGCGCUGUGGGCGGUGACGUCGAACAUGCCCGCCAUGGUGCGGCUACUGCAGGCGCUCGUUCGCGCCGCACCGGACGCCGUCAUUGCCGCCAACGUCGUCGAGCCCGUCCUCGGCAUCUUCCGCAAGCUGCUCGGGCGGCGGGCCAACUUCCCGCACGCCUUUUCGCUCCUCCACACGGUCACGACCGGCUUGCCGGCCGAGGCCCUCGCGUCAUCCUUCCACAACAUCUACAUCCUCAUCUUUACCAAGCUUACGGCAACCGAAAAGUCGCCGUGGUACGUCCGCCACAUGGGCCUGUGGAUGACCAAGUACGCGGCAGUGAUGGACACGUGGGACGGAGUCAUGGCCGGCGUCGAGGCGCUGCAGAGCGGCCUGUUUGGUCAGCUCGUGCCCAUCCUCGCCGACGCGGCGGCGCGGUACGCCGAUCCUGUCGAGCGCAAGGCCGUUGUCGUCUCGCUCACCAAGCUCCUCACCGGCACGCCUGCCUUUGCGCAGAACUUUGGUGAGGCGUGGAGCGCGCUGUUUGCCGGCAUUGUCGACGCGCUAGCGCUCGAGCUCAAGUCGGACGACGAGUCGCUCGAGGUCAAGGUGGCAGCGGCCAAGGCGUCGUCGAAGCAGGUCAUGCACUCGGGCUCGUCGGCGGCGGAAGCAUCCGCGCUCGAGUACGAUACCAAGUUUGCGCAGCUUGCCAACGCACAGCAGGCGGUUGAGGACAUUGCGCCCGAGGUCGAGAACCCGCGCGCAUGGUUUGUCGAGCAGGUCGUCGGGUUUUCGCGGGCCGUCGGCGGCGGCAUCCUCGCCAACGUCGAGCUCAGCCAGGAGCAGGGCGAGGCUGCCAUGGAGUGGUUUGCCGCUGCCGGCGUCGACACCUCUGCGCUCUAGUGUACCUUAACCCUUAACGGUACGGUCGUUCGGUGCGUUGUCGCACGCGCCUCAAAGUGAACAACACAGUACAUGAUCAAGC